GAUUAGAAUCGUAAUAAAUUCUUAUCUUUUAAAACCCUAAAUCCCUAAUUAUUACAUAACAUUUGUACUGCUGAUAAUAUUAUGUAGUGUUUAUCAAAUCAGUGUCUCUUUAUCAGUUCACGAAGCAAGUUUCAGUGAAUAAAGCUCAACAAUGGUACACUAUGACACAAUAGUAAUCGGGCUGGGAGCAGCCGGUGUUACUGCCGCCACUACCCUGAUCCGAGCGGGGAGACGGGUGCUGGCGUUAGAGGCGCAGUCCCGUAUCGGUGGACGGGUCCAUACUGUGCCUUUCGGGAAUGGACUUAUAGAACUGGGCGCUGAAUGGAUCCAUGGCAACCAAAAAAGCCGCGUGUUCGACCUGACCACCCAGCACAACAUCACCACCGUGCCUCAGAGCCUGAUAAUGGCGCCGUUCCGGUCAGAUGGUUCAGGAGUUGACGCAGAACUGGUGAACGAACUGCUGGACAUAGCUCUGCACAUAGUCGACCAUCCGCCGGACCAGCCUGAACCGCUGGGGACCUUCAUUACUUACAAGCUAAGGGAAUACAUAGCCGAGCACAAGCCAGACCUUCUAAAAGACGAGGACUUCAUAACGGAAUUUCUCGAAUUCGCGAACCUCCUCACCAAUAACUACGAGGCGUCUGACGACUGGACGGAGGUGACCACCAUCAGCCGGUACGAGGAGCUGGACGGGCCGCAGCUGAUCAGCUGGCAUGGAUAUGGAUACAAGACCUUCUUUGAGAUUAUGCUGAACACAUACAAAGACGGCCCAGGUCUCCCCAACCUGGAUAUAAAGCUGGGCACCGAGGUGGCGGUCAUCAGGGCUCCGCGGAACCCUACCGAGCGCGUCACCGUCGACUGCAGCGAUGGCAGUUCCUACGUGGCCGACACUGUCAUAGUCACCGUGUCCCUCGGGGUUCUCAAGGACAAGCAUACAACGCUCUUUUCUCCGCCGCUAUCCAAAGAAAAACAAACGGCCAUAGACAAAAUCAGCAUAGGCGUCAUGGACAAAAUCAUUCUAUCCUUCGACGAAAUAUGGUGGCCGCACCACACUUCGUUCUUCGGGUUCAUAUGGAAGGGUGACGACAAGAGGAAAGUGGGGAAAGAUGAUUAUUGGACCACGAGGAUAUAUGGGGCCAGUCGGCCUAUGGGAUCAAGCAAUUCGUUGACUUUGUGGACUAGCGGAAAAGUUGCUAAAGAGGUUGAGACACUGCCAGAAGAAAUAGUGAAGACGAAAUGUGUGGAGCUUCUACAGAAAUUCAUCGGUGAUACGAUACACAUUACCGUGCCAACACCCACUGCCAUUAUAAGGUCAACCUGGCACUCGAACCCAUAUACCCGCGGCAGCUAUUCCUACGACAACCUGCUCACCCCGCAAUACCCCGACGCCCGGGCAUGGCUCGGUACCCCAAUCCCAGACUCUUCGGGCGCCCCUAGGGUACUGUUUGCAGGGGAAGCGACGAAUUUGAACCAUUUCAGUACGGUGCACGGUGCGAGCGAGACAGGCUAUAGAGAGGCCAUGCGUCUGUUGCCUCACACCAGUAAAAUAUAACUUCAAUGUGUAAAACUAAUGUCAAA